AUGGGGCCAGAGGCCCGGGGCCGCCGCCGCCCGAUGUCGCCGCCGCCGCCCGUGCGGGCGCUGCCUCUGCUGCUGUUGCUCGCAGGGCCGGGGGUUGCAGCCUCCUCUUGCCUGGAUGAGAGCCUGUGUGUAAAUGGAGGUCGCUGCAUCCAGCUGCCCACGCGGAUGGCUGUCUGUCUGUGUCCACCAGGCUGGUUGGGUGAGCGGUGCCAGUGGGAAGACCCCUGCCACUCAGGCCCCUGUGCUGGCCGAGGAGUGUGCCAGAGUUCAUUCGUGGCGGGUACUGCCCGCUUCUCCUGCCGCUGCCCUCAUGGUUUCCAAGGCCCUGACUGCUCCCUGCCGGACCCCUGCAUUAGCAGCCCCUGUGCUCACGGUGCCCGCUGCUCUGUGGGGCCCGAUGGACGCUACGUCUGUGCCUGCCCUGCGGGCUACCAGGGUCGCAGCUGUCGCAGUGAUGUGGAUGAGUGCCGGGUGGGUGAGCCCUGCCACCAUGGGGCUACCUGCCUCAACACACCUGGCUCCUUCCGAUGCCAGUGCCCGGCUGGCUACACAGGGCCACUGUGUGAGAGCCCUGCUGUGCCCUGUGCCCCCUCGCCAUGCCGGAAUGGGGGCACCUGCCGUCAGAGCAGUGAGCAUGCCUACGACUGUGCCUGCCUCCCUGGGUUCGAGGGCCAAAACUGUGAAGUGAAUGUGGAUGACUGUCCAGGACACCGGUGCCUAAACGGGGGGACGUGUGUGGAUGGUGUGAAUACCUACAACUGCCAGUGCCCCCCCGAGUGGACAGGCCAGUUCUGCACAGAGGACGUGGAUGAGUGUCAGCUGCAGCCCAACGCCUGCCACAACGGAGGCACCUGCUUCAACACAAUGGGUGGCCACAGCUGUGUGUGCGUCAACGGGUGGACCGGUGAGAGCUGCAGCCAGAACAUCGAUGACUGCGCCACAGCCGUGUGCUUCCACGGGGCGACCUGCCACGAUCGAGUGGCUUCCUUCUACUGCGCCUGCCCCAUGGGCAAGACUGGUCUUUUGUGCCACCUGGACGAUGCUUGUGUCAGUAACCCCUGUCAUGAAGAUGCUAUAUGUGAUACCAACCCGGUGAACGGCCGGGCCAUCUGCACCUGUCCGCCGGGCUUCACCGGAGGAGCAUGUGACCAGGAUGUGGAUGAGUGCUCCAUCGGAGCUAACCCAUGUGAGCACCUGGGCAGGUGCGUGAACACUCAAGGUUCCUUCCUAUGCCAGUGCGGUCGCGGCUACACAGGUCCACGCUGUGAGACUGACAUCAACGAGUGCCUGUCGGGGCCCUGCCGGAACCAGGCCACGUGCCUCGAUCGCAUCGGCCAGUUCACUUGCAUCUGCAUGGCAGGUUUCACUGGCACCUUUUGUGAGGUGGAUAUUGAUGAGUGUCAGAGCAGUCCGUGUGUCAACGGAGGUGUCUGCAAGGACCGUGUCAAUGGCUUCAGCUGCACCUGUCCCUCAGGCUUCAGCGGGGCCACGUGCCAGCUGGAUGUGGACGAGUGUGCCAGCACGCCCUGCAGAAACGGUGCCAAGUGCGUGGACCAGCCCGAUGGCUACGAGUGCGGCUGCGCAGAGGGCUUUGAGGGCACCCUGUGUGAACGCAACAUCGAUGACUGUUCGCCGGACCCUUGCCACCAUGGGCGCUGUGUGGAUGGUAUCGCUAGCUUCUCGUGCGCAUGCGCCCCGGGCUACACCGGCACGCGUUGUGAGAGCCAGGUGGAUGAGUGCCGCAGCCAGCCCUGCCGCCACGGGGGAAAAUGCUUAGACCUGGUGGACAAAUACCUCUGCCGAUGUCCACCGGGCACCACAGGUGUGAACUGUGAGGUGAACAUCGACGACUGUGCUAGCAACCCCUGCACCUUCGGCGUUUGCCGGGACGGCAUUAACCGCUACGACUGUGUCUGCCAACCUGGUUUCACAGGAUCCCUUUGCAACGUGGAAAUCAAUGAGUGUGCUUCCAGCCCCUGUGCUGAAGGAGGCUCUUGUGUGGACAGAGAAAACGGCUUCCGCUGCUUGUGUCCUCCAGGCUCCCUGCCCCCACUCUGCCUCCCUCCCAGCCAUCCCUGUGCCCAGGAACCUUGCAGUCAUGGCAUCUGCCACGAUGCACCCAGCGGGUUUCGCUGCGUGUGUGAACCUGGCUGGAGCGGCCCCAGGUGUGACCAGAGCCUUACCCAGGAUGCAUGUGAGUCCCAGCCCUGUAGGGCCGGCGGCACCUGUACCAGCGAUGGAUUGGGCUUCCGCUGCACCUGUCCCCCUGGCAUUCAGGGCCGCCAGUGUGAGCUGCCAUCCCCCUGCACUCCAAACCCCUGUGAGAAUGGGGGCCGCUGUGAGUCUACCCCUGGCCAACUGGCUGUCUGCUCCUGCCCCUCUGGCUGGCAAGGCCCACGAUGUCAGCAGGAUGUGGAUGAGUGUAUGGGCCCCUCACCCUGCGGCCCCCACGGUACCUGCACCAACCUGGCAGGGACUUUCAGCUGCACCUGCCAUGAAGGAUACAGUGGCCCUUCCUGUGAUCAGGACAUCGAUGACUGCGACCCCAAUCCAUGUCUCAAUGGUGGUUUGUGUCAGGAUGGCGUGAGCUCUUUCUCCUGCUCCUGCCUCCCUGGCUUCACUGGUCCACGCUGCACGCGCCAUGUGGACGAGUGUCUGAGUAAUCCCUGCGGCCCCGGCACCUGCACUGACCACGUGGCUUCCUUUACCUGCACCUGUCCUCCGGGUUAUGGAGGCUUUCGCUGUGAACGGGACCUGCCUGACUGUAGCCCCAGCUCCUGCUUCAACGGAGGGACCUGCAUAGACCGGGUGAACUCCUUCAGCUGCCUGUGCCGUCCCGGCUACACAGGCACCCACUGCCAACACGAGGUUGACCCCUGCCUGUCACGACCCUGCCUGAACGGGGGUGUCUGCAGCACCGCCUACCCUGGCUACCACUGUGCCUGUCCCCAGGGCUUCACUGGCAGCCAGUGCCAGACGCUGGUAGACUGGUGCAGCCGUGCACCAUGUCAGAAUGGGGGUCGCUGCGCCCAGACUGGGGCCUCCUUCUAUUGCCUUUGUGCCCCGGGGUGGAGUGGCCAUCUCUGUGACAUCCAGAGUCUGCCGUGCAGGGAGGCCGCAGCCCAGAUUGGUGUACAGCUGGAGCAGCUGUGCCAGGCUGGCGGGCAGUGUGUAGACGAGGACAGUGUCCACUACUGCUUGUGCCCAGAAGGCCGCACGGGUAGCCACUGUGAGCAGGAGGUGGACCCCUGCUUGGCCCAACCCUGCCAGCAUGGGGGCACCUGCCGUGGCUACAUGGGGGGCUACAUGUGUGAGUGUCCUGCCGGCUACACUGGUGACAACUGUGAGGAUGAUGUGAAUGAGUGUGCCUCUCAGCCCUGCCAGCAUGGGGGCUCCUGCAUUGAUCUGGUGGCCCGCUAUCUCUGCUCCUGUCCGCCCGGGACACUAGGUGUGCUCUGUGAGAUCAAUGAGGAUGACUGUGGUCCAGGCCCCACCCAGGAGCCCAGCCCCCUGUGUCUGCACAAUGGUACCUGUGUGGAUCUGGUGGGUGGCUUCCACUGCACCUGCCCGCCUGGCUACACCGGUUUGCGAUGCGAGGCGGACAUCAACGAGUGUCGCCCGGGCACCUGCCACUUGGCACACACUCGGGACUGCCUGCAGGACCCAGGUGGGAGCUUCCACUGCCUUUGCCACACAGGCUUCACAGGUCCCCGCUGUCAGACUGUCCUGUCCCCCUGCGAGUCCCAGCCUUGCCAACGUGGAGGCCAGUGCCGUCCCAGCCAGGGCCCUGGGGGGGCGCUGACUUUCGUUUGCCACUGUGUCCCGCCCUUCUGGGGUCCGCGGUGCGAGCGGGUGGCGCGCUCCUGCCGGGAGCUACAGUGUCCAGUGGGCAUCCCUUGCCAGCAGACCGUACGUGGGCCGCGCUGUGCCUGCCCCCCGGGGCUGUCGGGGCCCGCCUGCCGAGGUUCGCGGGGGUUGCUGCCAGGACCCACCAACGCCAGCUGUGCGGCCGCCCCCUGCCUGCACGGGGGCUUGUGCCACCCCGCGCCACUCGCGCCCUUCUUUUUCUGCUCGUGUGCCCCGGGCUGGGCAGGGAUGCGCUGUGAGGCGCCCUCCGCUGUCCCCGAGGUCGCCGAGGAGCCGCGGUGCGCUCUUGCCGCUUGCCGCGCCAAACGCGGGGACCGCCGUUGCGACCGCGAGUGCAACAGCCCGGGUUGUGGCUGGGACGGUGGCGACUGCUCGCUGAGCGUGGGUGACCCCUGGCGGCAGUGCGCGGCUCUGCAGUGCUGGCGCCUCUUCAACAACAGUCGCUGCGACCCUGCCUGCAGCUCACCUGCCUGCCUCUACGACAAUUUCGACUGUCACACUGGUGGCCACGAACGUACCUGCAACCCCGUGUACGAGAAGUACUGCGCAGACCACUUUGCCGACGGCCGCUGCGACCAGGGCUGCAACACGGAGGAAUGCGGCUGGGAUGGGCUGGACUGCGCAGGCGAGGUGCCGGCGCUGCUGGCGCGCGGGGUGCUGGUGCUCACUGUGCUCCUGCCGCCGGAAGAGCUGCUGCGCUCCAGCGCCGACUUCCUGCAGCGGCUCAGCGCCAUCCUGCGCACGUCGCUGCGCUUUCGCCUGGACGGGAAUGGCCAAGCCAUGGUCUUCCCUUACCACCGGCCAGGCCCAGAACCCCGUGCUCGGCGUGAGCUGACUCCGGAAGUGAUCGGUUCUGUGGUCAUGCUGGAGAUUGACAACCGGCUGUGCCUGCAGUCACCCGAGAAUGACCACUGCUUCCCUGAUGCCCAGAGCGCGGCCGACUACCUGGGUGCCCUGUCGGCGGUGGAACGUCUGGACUUCCCGUACCCGCUGCGGGCUGUGCGGGCUGAACCCCUGGAGCCGCCGGAGUCGAGUAUGCCUGUGCUGCCGCUGCUGGCCGCAGGUGCCGUUUUCUUGCUGGUCAUUCUCGUCUUGGGUGUCAUGGUGGCCCGGCGCAAGCGUGAACACAGCACCCUGUGGUUCCCCGAGGGCUUCUCACUGCACAAGGACACGGCUGCAGGCCACAAGGGCCGACGGGAGCCCGUGGGCCAGGACGCGCUGGGCAUGAAGAACAUGGCCAAGAGUGAGAGUCUGAUGGGGGAGGUGGCAACAGACUGGAUGGACACCGAGUGCCCGGAGGCCAAGAGACUGAAGGUAGAGGAGCCCAGUGUGGGGGCCGAGGAUGCUGUGGACUGCCGUCAGUGGACUCAGCACCACUUGGUGGCUGCGGACAUUCGUGUGGCGCCUGCCAUGGCGCUGACACCACCACAGGGCGAUGUGGAUUCCGACAGCAUGGACGUCAAUGUGCGCGGUCCAGAUGGCUUCACCCCGCUAAUGCUGGCCUCCUUCUGUGGGGGAGUCCUGGAGCCCAUGCCAGCUGAGGAGGAUGAGGCCGAUGACACGUCAGCCAGCAUCAUUUCAGACCUGAUCUGCCAGGGCGCCCAACUCGGGGCACAGACUGAUCGCACUGGCGAGACAGCCCUGCACCUGGCUGCUCGCUAUGCCCGGGCUGACGCGGCCAAGCGGCUGUUGGAUGCAGGGGCAGAUACUAACACCCAGGACCACUCAGGCCGUACCCCUCUGCACACAGCUGUCACCGCCGAUGCUCAAGGUGUCUUCCAGAUUCUCAUCCGGAACCGAUCCACAGACCUGGAUGCCCGCAUGGCUGACGGCUCGACGGCACUAAUCCUGGCAGCCCGCCUGGCAGUGGAGGGCAUGGUGGAAGAGCUCAUUGCCAGCCACGCGGACGUGAAUGCUGUGGAUGAGCUUGGGAAGUCAGCCUUGCACUGGGCUGCUGCUGUCAACAAUGUGGAGGCCACCUUGGUCCUGCUCAAAAACGGAGCCAACAAGGAUAUGCAGGACAGCAAGGAGGAGACGCCCCUGUUCCUGGCAGCGCGUGAGGGCAGCUUUGAGGCUGCCAAGCUGCUGCUGGACCACUUUGCCAACCGAGAGAUCACCGACCACCUGGACCGGCUACCGCGGGACGUGGCCCAGGAACGGCUGCACCAGGACAUCGUGCGGCUGCUGGACCAACCUAGCGGGCCCCGCAGCCCUCCAGGCCCCCACGGCCUGGGGCCCCUGCUCUGCCCACCCGGGGCCUUCCUCCCGGGCCUCAAAGCAGCGCCGUCAGGGGGCAAGAAGAAUCGGAGACCCCCUGGGAAGGCGGGGCUCGGGCCGCAGGGGGCCCGGGGACGGGGCAAGAAGUUGACGCUGGCCUGUCCAGGGCCAUUGGCAGACAGCUCCGUCACCCUUUCACCCGUGGACUCGCUGGACUCCCCCCGGCCCUUUGGGGGGCCCCCUGCCUCUCCUGGUGGCUUCUCCCUUGAGGGGCCCUACGCAGCCGCCACGGCCACAGCAGUUUCUCUGGCGCAGCUUGGGGGUGCCGGGCGCAUGGGUCUGGGGCGCCAGCCACCAGGCGGCUGCGUGCUGAGCCUGGGUCUGCUGAAUCCGGUGGCGGUGCCUCUUGACUGGGCCCGCCUGCCCCCACCAGCCCCACCGGGCCCCUCGUUCCUGUUGCCCCUGGCCCCAGGUCCACAGCUGCUGAACCCCGGGACCCCUGUCUCCCCCCAGGAGCGGCCCCCACCUUACCUCGCCACCCCAGGACAUGGUGAGGAAUAUGUGGCAGCUGGGCCCCAUAGCAGCCCCCGCAAGGCCCACUUCCUGCGUGUUCCUAGUGAGCACCCUUACCUGACCCCCUCCCCUGAGUCCCCGGAGCACUGGGCCAGUCCGUCCCCACCUUCCCUCUCAGACUGGUCUGACUCUACACCUAGCCCGGCUACAGCUGCUGGAACACUGCCUGCCCAGACCCUCCCCCUGCCAGUUCCUGGCUCCCUCACUCAGACCCCGACCCAGCUGGGGCCCCAUCCUGAGGUCCCUCCCAAGAGGCAGGUGUUGGCCUGA